GGUACAAAAUCAGGCUACGUCACUGAAUUCAAGGGAGGCAAAUGUUAGAGCACGACUAAUUUGACUGAUACAGUUUAGUGGCUGUUAUCUGUCGAAAUUUGGACCUUUUAAGUAAAUAGAUAGCCGUGUGUGUUUGAGAGAAACGGAACAUCUGUCAAAGUUCAAAGAUUAGUAAUUACACACAAAAUGGCUGAAGCACUAAGAUACAAAGACAAAGUUACCAUAGUUACAGGUGGCAGUAAAGGAAUUGGUAAAGGUUGCGUCGAAGUUUUCGUACAACAUGGUUCAAAGGUUGUUUUCUGUUCACGAGGAGAAACCGAAGGUCGAGAAUUAGAAAAGCAGAUGAACGCUAAGGGACCUGGUUCAGCAUUAUUUGUACGAUGUGAUAUGACAAAAGAAGAUGAUAUAAAGAAUUUAAUUGCAACUACAGUAGAAAAGUAUGGACAGAUUGACUGUGUUAUAAACAAUGCCGGACAACAUCCACCCGUGAUGAAAAUUGAUGAAAUUUCCGCCGAUGAUUUCCGCAAAGUUCUAGACGUGAAUCUUGUUAGUUAUUUCCUAGUUGCCAAGUAUGCCAUGCCAUAUCUCCGAAAAACAAAAGGUUGUUUGAUCCAGGACUCCAGUCUUGUUGGAGAGAUCGGCCAACCAGGGGCUUGUACUUACGUUGCAACCAAGGGUGGAGUAACGUCUUUGACAAAGGCUUUGGCAAUAGAUGAAGCUGAACAUGGUGUUAGAGUGAAUACAUUUUCGCCAGGUAAUGUUUGGACACCAAUGUGGGAGGACAGUGCUAGAGGUACGGGCGAUUAUGAGGCAUGUAUUAAAACUGGUGAAGAUUCUCAG